AUGGCAUGUACCUACUGGGACCGCGUCGAGCACCAGUACCUUAAACUACGACGGUACCGACGCGCCGCCGCCACAGAGCGCGCAGCCUGCGCCCCCCGCGCCGCGCGCGCCCCCGUGCCGCCCGAGCCCCACGCGCCGCCCGCGACCGCGGAGCGUGUACCGUCCGCGCAACCUGCGCCGCCCGCGCCGUUCGCAUCUUUUGGGCCGACCGUACCCGUACAGUCCGCGCCACGCGCCCCGCUGGAAGCGUUCACCGAGUCUACGCCUCGUCCUGCGCCGCCCGUGACGAUUGCGUCGUCUGUACCGGCUGAUUCACUCGCACCAACUGCGCCUUGUGCGCCACCUAACGUGAUGUAUAACUCAAAUUAUUUUCCUAGCACAUCGAAGCCGAAUACGGACGAGGUUUCUACGGAUGAGUGUGUACCGUCAUUAGAUCCGGAAAUUCUUCAAUUGCUUGGUGAUGAUCCUACCACUGAGAAAAAAUACGGUGCUGAAUUGCAUAAAGAUAUUGUCUCAAGAUGGGCCCAUAUUUAUUCAAAUGGCUUGCCUAAAGAGGUCCAAUUGGAGCUUAUAAAGAAUUAUUUACCGCCUAAAAACUGUCCUAACAUGGCUGCCCCUAAACUUAAUCUCGAAAUUAAAGCAGCACUCUCAGAAAUAAAUCUCAAAAAAGAUUUAUAUAGUCAGAGUAAGCAAAAUCAGCUUUCUACCAGUCUCGCUGCUUUAGGACAAGUUCUCAAUUGGGCCCUUUUAUCAAACAAUAAUAUGCCCCAAGACAUAAUAAAAGCUUUAGGUGAUGCCGGAAGGCUAAUAUGUGACAGUCACCAUAGAGAAUCCCUGUCGCGCCGUUACGCGAUAUUGAAUACUUACAGGCCGCCUACAACACAGUUUCAGCGAGGAGCUUUAAACUCGAGGGGGGCGCCGCCGCGCAUACCAGCAGCGACCGAGCCGCGGCCGACCCCCGCGCCCCGCAGGCCGCAGCGGGAUCGCCGCCCGGAAGCACCGACGAGGGGUCGCCGCUACAACAACUAUGCGCGGCACCACCAGCGCUCGAGCAGGCGUUAACAGAGGUUUCCCAGAGUCUGUCAUCCGCUUCAUGCGAGCCUUACCCUGGUGGCAGCGAAAUUAUCAGGCAAUCUAUGAUCAAGCGUGGCGUUCCACAAGCCUCCUUAGAAAUAAUGAUGGCCU